AUGGAACAUUUCGUUGAAGAAGAAUUAAAGGCAAUUGUCAGUGAAGGUGCAUUCGGGAAAAAUUGUAGCUUAUUGUCGUUCAAAUUAUAUAACUGUAUGACUGGUGAAGAAGAAUGGUGGUAUCACCGAAUAUUUUGUAACAUGAUAACUUCAGACGGAUCACAUUACAACAUUAUGGUAAAGUUAAAAAUUAAAAAUUUGGAACUACGUGAUUGUUUUGGAUGUGACAUAUUGUUUAAUAAUGAAUUAAUUUUUUACAAAAAUAUCAUGCCGUUUCUAUUAAAGUGCCGGGGACCAACAGCUAAUGAUGCACAUUCCUACUUUUUACCACGUUUUUUUUAUGGUCGUAACACAUUUAGUAAAUUAAUGACAAAUGAUGUAAUUAUUAUCGAAAAUGUUAGUACAAUAGGUUAUUGUUUUAGUAAUGAAAAAUCGUUCUUGGACUACGAGCAUUUAACAAUCGCACUUCAGACAAUAGCAAAGUUUCAUGGACUGUCGUAUACUGCCAAACACAAAUAUCCGGGCAGAAUUUACGAUAUCCUAGAAAACGUUCAGAGCAUACAAUUUGAUGCCAACGGGCACUGGAUGUCCCAGAACGAUAUUUUUAAGAAGUGUGGUAAACGAGGUGUGAACCGACUGUUGGAACGAGACCGGGACAGGUAUCAAGACCACGUGCAAAUUCACCUCUUAAAUGAGCUCUUCGACGACGCGGAUAAAACUCUAAUGCAGACAUUAAAAGCCCAAGAACCAUUAUCGGUCAUAUGUCACGGUGAUUACCACCGCAACACGUUGUUAUUCCAGUACGACGAGAACGGAUGUCCGUCGGACGCUAUUUCCAUAGACUUUUCUACUCUUCAUUACGGGUCACCUGCGUUGGACCUGUCGUCGUUCCUAUACAUGUCCACCACGCAGCGGAUGCGUGAGUCACACUGGGACGACUUGCUGGACACCUACUGCGCCGCACUGGCCGCGUCCGUAUUGCCUGGCGUCCGUGUACCUGAUCGCACCGAAAUUGAUGCCGAGAUGGCUGCGACCGCCGUCAAUGGAUUUGCAAAAGCGACGUUUUGCUUGCCAUUCAUGUUACGUUACAGAAGUGAUACAUUGGAUUCGUUGGCGACAAGUGACGACCCGAUGGACUACUUCCUGGAUUUGGGUGGCGACAUGGCAACCGAAUGCUUGGCUGACAUGGUUCAGCAUUUUAUCGAUAUGGGCUACACUGAUGUGAGACGUGACGUAAACUCAAAUCAUGUUAAAGAUGAAAACUCAACUCUCUGUGAGAACACUAAGCAGUUAAGCUAA